AUGCCUCUGUUGCUUGGCCUCGUUGAUACGUCUCAUGACCCACGAUCACUGCCAGAAGGCAUCAACCUCGAUGGAGGCGAAAGAGGUGUAGAUCUUGAGGACCUGCACAGGAAGAAGGGUGGGUCUGGAGGACUGUUGGACAGUAUAUUCAACAUGGCAAAUUCCAUCCUGGGUGCUGGCAUCAUUGGCUUGCCAUAUGCUAUCUCAGAAGCCGGGUUAGUCACUGGGACAAUCCUGCUGAUUAUACUUGGUAUCGUCACCGACUGGACCAUCCGUUUGAUUGUUCGGAAUGCAAAGCUCAGCGGGCGGAAUUCGUAUAUCGAUAUCAUGGAUCACUGCUUCGGCAAGAGUGGUCGGGCUGCUGUUUCUUUCUUUCAAUUCAGUUUCGCUUUCGGAGGCAUGUGUGCCUUCGGUAUCAUCAUCGGCGAUACAAUUCCCCACGUUAUCGCUUCCUUAUUCCCUUCACUACGCACGAUACCUGUUCUCUACCUCCUCACGAAACGGCGAUUUGUCAUCGCACUAUGCACGAUAUGUAUAUCAUACCCCCUUUCACUGUAUCGCGACAUUGCAAAAUUGGCACGAGCAUCCGCUCUCGCGCUGGCCGGCAUGCUGCUCAUCCUGAUCUCGGUCGUGGUCGAAUCCAUCAAAGUCGAGGAGGAUUCCAAACUGGCUGAUCUCCGAGGCUCUGAUGCAGCACGAUGGACCAUAAUUCAGCCGCGCAUUGCUGAAGCAAUCGGUGUUAUUAGCUUCGCCUUUGUCUGCCACCACAACUCGCUCCUCAUAUACGGCUCCCUCAGCACACCCACAAUGGAUCGUUUCGAUCGGGUAACACACGUGGCAACUGGUGUAUCGAUCGUAGCAUGUCUUGUGAUGGGACUGAGCGGUUUCUUAACCUUCACCGAUCGCACGCAAGGAAACAUUCUGAAUAACUUCAGCCAAAGCGACCUGCUUAUCAAUAUUGCACGGCUUUGUUUUGGCAUGAAUAUGUUCACCACACUCCCCCUCGAGCUCUUUGUGUGCCGAGAGGUAAUUGAAGAUUACUACUUUCCCCAUGAGCCUUUCAGUUGGCAACGCCACGCGCUGUUCACAACGUCUAUUCUUAUGGCUUCAAUGUUUUUGGCUCUCAUAACCUGUGAUCUGGGGGUAACCCUUGAGAUCACCGGCGGUGUUUCGGCGACUGCUCUAGCGUUCAUCUUUCCGGCUGCCUGCUAUUACAAACUGCUUUCACCAGAGCAGCCAUGGUAUGGCCGGCAUAAGCUCCCGGCUAUUGUGUGCGCCAGUUCUGGAUUCAUCGUCAUGGUCAUGAGCCUGAUUCUCGCGCUGACGAAAGCGUGGAGACCGGAAGGUGCAGCCAGGAUGUGCAUUGAGUAA